AUGCUCAAGAACGUGAACAGCAACAUGUGGAUUCAAAAUAUUCGUCUCAGUCUAAUGACACUUGCCUUCGCCACUUUCACAAUGUGGUCAACAGACGGUCAGAAAAUCGUGGAAAAAGGGAUUUUUCAAGGAUGGACGUCAUUGGUUUGGACCAUGACCGUUGCGGCUGCUACAAGUGGUAUUAUCGUCUCGGCUGUGAUGAAGUACGCGGAUAAUGUGAAGAAGACUUACUGUCAGACUUUGGCCAUAGGUCUGACGGCGCUGACUUCCAUCUAUCUGGGAGAACGUAACCUGAGCUGGUCGCUUACGAUAGGAGUAGCUCUGGUGGUGAACUCCAUAGCCAUCUAUGCACUGUAUCCGCCUCCUCCUAGGCCGAUUUUGCCCCCAUCCGAUUCAGAGAAAGAUCUUGUUAACUUUAUCUAA